AUGGUUAAGAUCGCUGCUCCCAUGUUCCUCCUCACCGCCACCCUCGCCUCUCUCGGCGAGGCUCGCAACUGCAAGGCUGGCAUCAGCUACUGUGGCAGCACUCUCCUCAACAUCGGCGACUACAGCAACCAGAUCAACCAGGCCCUCAAGGCAGCCAAGCAGCCCAACGACUUCACCCGCGCCCAGAACUCCCUCUUCUACUGCGAGGGCGGCAAGCACGGCGACAUCCGAUACACCAAGCUCUGCACCGGUGGCUGCAAGGACCACGGUAACGGCAAGAGCGACACCUGUUAA